AAAAUGGAUGUGGGCUACACGCCGUUUUUCCCACCCCAAAAAGCCGGUUACUUUGUUUGAUCGGUGAAUGGAUACUAAAACUCAUAUUGAAGCAGAGUGUUUUACAUUCUCUGGAGGAUCGAAGACAGUCUUUUCCAAUUUUCGCUCAAACUGACCCGACAUAUUAGUCCUUGACUCACUUCUCAAGAAAAGUGAUAAUUUCGGUUUGUAGAAGCGAAGGAGAUAUAUAGAAAUGGCAAAUGAAGAGGAUGAGGUGAAGAAGGUACAAGUGGUUGAAGCCCGAGCAAGAAACAUAAGUCACAAUGUUCGGUGCACUGAAUGUGGUAGUCAGUCCAUUGAAGAUUCAGGAGCAGAUAUUGCCAUUCUCCUCAGAAAGUUAAUUCGAGAUGAGAUUCAUGCUGGGAAAACAGAUAAAGAGAUCUAUAAAAAGCUUGAAGAAGAUUAUGGAGAGACUGUUCUGUAUGCCCCGAAGUUUGAUCUACAGACUGCCGCUCUGUGGCUAUCACCACUUCUAGUGGCUGGUGCUGCAGUAGGGAUAUGGGCUUACAAGAAGCACAGACAAAAGACUAACGUCCACAUCAUGGCUCUGAAUCUCGUUAGAGGUGUUCCACUGACCCCAACAGAAAAGCAAACUAUGCUAGACCUCCUUACACCUCCUCCACCACAAGGAGCUACUCCUUUCUCCUUUUGGAGGAGGUGGCAGGGUCAAUGAUGUGCCUUCUUUCAUCAGCCUUUCUAGCUAUUAGUUUGUGGCUUGGUGGGAAUGCAGAACUAUGGUCUUUCAAGUUUAGAACCAAUUUGUUAAAGGGUUUUUAGUUGAAUACUGUAUCACGAAUCGAAGAAGAAUUUUGAUGUUCAUAAAAUGUCAAAAGUAUGACUAAUAAUAAUGUAUAUGACUCUGUACGUUAAGAUAAUUGAUACUACCUUCUAAUUUGACUUUAUCA